UCUGUACCAUGUGCUUGAUGCAGUCACGUGACUGCUGUGAUGUCAGAGGGUCCUUUAGAGGAAUGGAAUCUAGCCGCUACCCCUUCCCAACAACUGCGAAAAGGGAUCUCUCUAAAGAACAGGAAGAUGCAGCGUUAAAUGGUACUGUCAGAUUAGGUACAGCGGUCAAUGAUCAUCAAAACGUCCAUAGUGCAAUGGAUUCAUUUACAAAUAUAUCAUCAGGUGAACGGGAAGAAGAAGAAGAACAAAAUGCUGAGAGCAGCGUGUGUGACCAUAACAAAAGGUCCAAGCAGCUUGAAGACCUUAAAACAUCUGAUGGGAAUUCAAUUUUCGAUUCUCAAGAAAAUAUUUAUACCAGUUUGCACACAUCAAAUGAUUUUAGGAUAGAGCAGCACAGGUCUCUGCCUCCGGGCAAGGAAUACAGGGACUCCACAGAAGACGUGGUUAUGGAAAAUCAAGUACAAGGUGAAGCUACUGUACAGGUUAUGGUAGUGGAAGGAAUGGAUGUCUUAGGCUCUGAAGACUCAGGUGUAGAGGCCACAGAGUGCAUCGGCACACAAGCAGCUCACAAGAUGCCAAAGGGAAAUGAAAACAUUACUUCAAGUACUGGAGAUAACAGCAAGUUAUCUUGUGAACAUGAAGAAGACCUUUAUCGGGAUGAAGACGAAAUUGAAAAAGAAAAGAAUAAAAAAAUUCCAACCACUGUUAAAGAGGGCUCAACAGGUAUUCAGAAAUUAGGAGUGGGACCAGAGAUGGAUAUCAUGGAAUAUAGUCAGAAGGAAUGGAGAGGGAAAACUACUGUAGCAAAAAUAAUGAAAGAGGGUUAUGAAGAAGUCUCUCGCUACUUUGGUUCAAUUAGGAGGGUCAGAGGAGAUAACUAUUGUGCCUUAAGGGCUACUUUGUUCCAAGCUCUUAGUCAAACUACCAGUAUCCCAGUUUGGCUGCAGAACGAGGAUGUCACUCAGUUACCAAAAAAGCUUGUGAAAAAGUAUGACUGGAUUAAUUUGUGGCAGUUUUGGUAUAACUGUGGAAACAAAAAUACAUGGGUCAGAAUCCAAGAAUAUUUAGAGCUACUAAAGAAAAGGUGGUCAGAGUUGAGUGAGAUGACGAAGUCAGAAGAGAGACAAGCAGCUUGUGAUGAGAUCUUUACGAAUGAACAAGAGGAAUACUGCUUGUAUGAAGCAGUGAAGUUUUUGAUGUUAAAAACUGCUAUCGAUCUGUUUAAUGCCAGUGAGGAGGGCAAGGAAGUGCCAGUGUUCUCAUGGCUUCUUUUUGCUCGGAACACAUCUAGUAGUCCUUGUGAAUUUAUGAAGAAUCACUUGAAUCAAGUGGGGCAUUCUGGGGGACUUGAACAGGUGGAAAUGUUUCUGCUUGGAUAUGCCCUGCAACUCACCAUAAAAGUGUUCAGGUUAUACAAAUAUGGAACAGAUGAAUUCAUUACGCUGUAUCCCAAUGAUAAUGGGGACUGGCCUAUAGUUACUCUAAUUACAGAGGAUGAUCGACAUUAUAAUGUUCCUGUUAGGAUGUGCGAAGAAACAAGUUUAUAACAUUUUUUUUAACCAUUGCUGCCAUGGAGUAAUAAAUUACUGAUAAUAAUGAACUUAUGGUCGCUAUAGCUAUGUAACUUAACUUCUCAAAAGAACAAUUACUGACUUGAUCUUCUACAAAUACUGCCUCAUUAAGCUGCAUACAAUGUUUUGUGUUUUUUUGAUACUGCCCUACAUUCCACUAAGGACAUCCUUAUGCAGGGAUUUGGGGUGAAAAAAAUAUUUUCCUUUAUGGUACUAUGGUUGUUACAAUCAAUAGACGUGGUUAAAGGGACGUUAAACAGCUCAGUAUAACUACAGUAGCAUGAUUAUUACUCUCCAUGCAUGGUGCAUACUUAAAUACACUUUUGAAACAGCUAUAACCUUUUAUUAGAAGCAUUUUUGCUAAUACAUGUAUAUUGCAAAAAAUGCUUCUAUUCAAUACUUAAGCGCAAUAAUGUGGAUUCCAAUUUUGUCUGGAAUGUUCCUUUAAAGGGACAGUAUACACUCAUUUUCAUAUAACUGCAUGUAAUAGACACUACUAUAAAGAAUAAUAUGCACAGAUACUGAUAUAAAAAUUCAGUAUAAAACUGUUUAAAAACUUACUUAGAAGCUGUCAGUUUACCUCUGUUGAAAAGGUAGCUGGAAAGCCCACUGCAAGUGGCAAAUAAGACACUCCCCCCCUCCCCCUUCUUUUGCAUAUGAAAAGACCCUUUACACAAACAGGAGCAAGCUGGAGUAGGUAGUCGAGCGUAUUCACAUAAAACUUUGGGGCUUGGUUAGGAGUCUGAAAAUCAGAGCAAUGUUAUUUAAAAAUAAGCAAAACUAUACAUUAAUUUAAAAAAAAAACUUUAUGGGCUAUAUAAAUAGAUUAUCUACAAAACAUUUAUGCAAAGAAAAAAUGAGUGUAUAAUGUCCCUUUAAAGCUGUUCUCUUAUUUUAAAGCGAUAUGAAACCCCCCAAAAAAUAUUUUUGUGAUUCAGACAGAGCAAACAAUUUAAAAAAAGUUUCUAAUUUACUUCUAUUAUCAAAUUAGCUUAGUUUCCAUGUUAUUUUAUGUUGAAGAGAUACCUAGAUAGGUGUCUGGAGCACUACAUGGCAGGAAAUAGUGCUACCAUCUAGUGCUCUUGCAUAUGGAUAACAUUUUUGCAAAACUGCUGCAUUAUAGUGCUUCAGGCAUGUGCACGCUCCUGAGCUUGCAUAUCUGCUUUUCAUGUAAAAGGGUUUCAUGUCCCUUUUACUCGUUACAUAAUCCAGCUGAUAUUUUAUACUAGCGCCACCAUCUUGUAGCACACAUAUUCUUGCAUCCUGUGACAAAAGAGCAGAAGUGUUAUAUUUUUGUAUUUUUUUAGCAGUUUAAAUGAUACAUAACAAAUACAAGUUCCAAGAUGGCGGCACCCAGAAUGAAAAUGUAGAGAUUCACAAACUGAUAAUUGUAAGGGGUAAAAUAAGAAAACAAAUUAGAAGACUGCUUUAGGCACAGGAGGAAAAACAAGCAUGGUGAUUGGUAUCCCUGCUACUGUAGUUGUACUAAGCAGUUUUAUGUCCCUUUAAGGCAUACUAAAAAUGUUAAAAACUUGUGAUGUACUGGAAUUAUUUUGAUGCUUUGUAAUUGUCACUGGUAAGGUACAUUGCAGCUGGAUUUAGAAUAGCAAUGGAGUAAGAGAGUUCAAAUGAUUGUACUGUACAUUUUAGCGUUUUUGAAGCACUAGCCUGAAUCUAUUUAAUAAAUUAAAUGGACUUUAAAUCAUGA